GGAGGAUCACAUGAGAGGGGGGUGAGUUCUAUUCAUCUCGAAGCUCAAGGCCACUCAGGAGGAUCUGACUGAUAUGACCAGCAAGUACCGUGACUUGAUGGUAGAGGUUGCUGCGUUGAGACAGGCCCAAGUAACCAAUCCUCUUCCUCUACCCCCUGGUUUCGGAGCUGCAAUUGAGACUAAUCUUGCCCCUCUUACCGUAUCUACUUUUGCUGCUUCCUUGAGUGUGAUGGUGAACCCCUCUGGACCUGCGGCAGGUGCAGAUUCCGCUGCUGCUGUAACCAGCAACGAGGCAGGAAACUUUGCAACUACUGCAGCCCUAAGAUCGAAACCAGCAGUUGCUGGUUCCAGCUACGCUGGUCCCCAUGUGGACCGAAAGGCGGUGCAAAUACCGUCUAAGUACGACAACAAAGAAGACAUUGAAUCUUGGAUCAGCUCCAUGAGGGCAUACUUCGAGGUGUUGGGGACUCAGCUAGAAACCCAGCCAGUGAUCAUGGGAAUGAAUGUCGAGCCGAUUGUACGGGGCUUCCCAGAAGUCCAAGCUACGCGGGCUGGGGUUCCAAAGAUCAAACUGACAAGGUGGCUUAAGGCCACCCCGGUUGCCUCCCUCGAGAAGCUCCUCAUUGCCCAGUAUAAGGAUCCACAUGCUACAGCAAGGGCAAGAAGCCAACUUGACAAAAUCAAACGCAGCAAGUGGACGGGCUCCAUGAAAAGCCUGCAAACCUAUCUCAGCAAGAUGUUUGCUACACCUGGUCUUGAGCUGACUGACCAAUCUUGCUUGGAUGUGGUCAAGGGCGCAGUCCCCACCAGUCUUACUAGUCGGUGCAAGGUCUUCUCCAAGAUCGAUCUCAAGUCUGGGUGCCACCAGAUUGAAGUCGAUCGUGCGGACCAGCACAAAACUGCGUUCAAAACACGCGAUGGGCUUUACGAGUUUACCGUAAUGCCCUUCGGUCUCACGAACGCACCGACCACCUUCCAAAGCCUCAUGGACAAAGUCCUUCACGAACAGAUUGGUCGGUCCAUGGUGGUCUACCUCGAUGACAUACUAAUCUUCAGCAAGUCCAUGGAGGAACACCUCAAGCACCUCGAGGAAGUAUUGACCAUCCUCAAGAAGACGCAACUUCAUCUCAACUUAGAGAAAUCUGAGUUUGGGAAGGAUAGUGUCAUCUAUCUUGGGCACCAGUCGUCUGCUGCAGGCCUAGAGCCUAAGGCAACCAAGGUGGAGGUCAUACGCAACUGGCCUCAGCCCGUGAAUGUUCGUGAACUGCGCUCUUUUCUUGGUCUCACGUCAUACUAUCGGAAGUUUGUGCCCCGCUUCUCCAUUGUUGCGCGUCCAUUGUCUCAACUGACAAGUAAGAAUGUUCCCUAUUCUUGGGACACCGCGUGCACGAACGCCUUUCAAGCUUUGAAAGACGCCUUGGUUUGUUAUAACCGAGUAGCUGAUGCUUUGUCUCGCCACCCUGAGUAUAUGACGUGCCUUGUGAAAUCCUACGACCUCCGGAAGAAACUGAAGGAGGAGCUCGUAGAGCACACAGCCAAGGAUCUGGAGCUUAGUCCCAUCCUUGAGCAGCUGCGGGCUGACCCUAGCAAUCAGCCUGAUUUUCACGAGUAUGGGGGACUGGUUUUCCGUCGCUACGGGAACCACGACCGUUUGUGUGUACCCAACCAUGAGCCUCUCCGCACGCACUUUCUGGAUUUGGCUCAUGGCCGGAGCGAACACUUCGGCAUGGCAAAGACGUAUGCAAAUCUGCUACGACAGUUUGAUUGGUCUGGCAUGGAAGGGACUGCUGAAAAGUUUGUGGCUGAGUGUCAAGUUUGUCAACGAAUCAAACCAUGCAAACAAAAGCCCAUGGGGUUACUCACACCCCUUCCCAUUCCCGAUGGUCCCGGGGAGUCCGUCUCCAUCGACUUCACUGACAUGGGAAAGAUCCAUAAUCCGCUCUCCUACCUAUUCCCUGAGCAGCCAGCUGGCUUAACACCCGACAGGCCUGGCUUCAGGGCCAAGUAUGAUCGCUUGCUCGAUAUUGCCAUUGCAGCCACAACCAAGCGACAGCACGCCAUGAUCCAUCACCCGAACAAGAGGCACCAACCGUCGGACAUUCAGGUAGGAAGCUAUGUCCGACUCAAGAUGUCUGAAUUCUCAGAAGAAGAAGGGGUCUCUCGCAAACUUCUCCCACUCUAUUACGGACCGUGGGAAGUUUUGGAUGUGACUGGCGAAAACCACUUUGGCCCUUCGUACGUAGUUGAUGUGCCAGCCCAUCUGCGCACAUACCCCAUGUUCCAUGCAUCGAAACUGUACCUCCACCGUGAUGCUAAGACGCUCGAUUAUCGCGAAGACAUGAUCCCUCGUGCAAUCAAAAGCGGGCAUGAGAUAGACAGAAUUAAACAGCACAUAGGGAAAGGACGCAACAGAUCGUACCAGGUUCACUUCAUGUAUCACCCGUUGGAUGAUCUGUACCGGAUUUCCAAGCAGGAACUGCUACGCAGCGCCCCACACGUUGUUAAGGGCUACGAGCAUCAAAUUGCAGUUGACGCUACUCCUAAGAUCUCCGCAAGGCUUACUGCGACGGAGUAUUCUAGGAACCUCUUUGCCGUGCUUGCUUACGAUGCGUUUGUCGAGGACUCAGAGUGAGUUACUCACUCGAAGGGACCUCACUCUUGAGGGGGGGGUAGUGUGAUGACCCGUCCAAACAUGGACUGAAACACACGACUGAUUUCUGAGU